GGUUGUUCGCGUGUUCGUGGUUCGGCGCGGCGUGUGUGCGUCUACGUACGUAAACAAGCAGCAUGCCGAAGGAUUCAAAAAGAAACUGUGGUCCUGAAACUGCCAAAAGUUACGUGCUCUAUCAAAAGCGCGAAAUAACAUUGUUAAAUAAGUCGGGAAAGCGUCACGAUGGAAGACAGUUUGGCGACGUCCGACCAAUCUUUUUGAAAACGGGAGUGGUCAGCCAAGCCAAAGGAUCUGCCUACAUCGAAAUGGGCAAUACAAAAGUUCUUUGUUCAGUAUAUGGGCCCAGAGAAAUUGCUCGCCGAAAAGACUUCACCUUCAAGGGUCAGAUCAACUGCGAGUUCAGGUUCGCGCAGUACUCCUGCCCGAUUCGCCGUCAACACCUGAAUGAUGGCGAAGCGCUCCACUACUCUCAACUUUUGGAGAAAGCGCUGGCUCCAGUUGUAUGCCUGCACAAGUUCCCGAAAUCAACGGUCGACGUGUUUGUUCUUGUCAUUGAAAAUGACGGUGGAGCUCUGGCUUGUGCAAUAACAACAGCUGGACUUGCCCUGGCAGACGCUGGUAUCGACAUGUUCGAUGUCGUGGUGGGUUGCAGCUUGCGUCAAGAUGGCAGCACGUGCCUGAUUGACCCAUCUUACAAUGAAGAAGUGGCUCCUGUGGAAGCAAAGGAUGACCUCAGUUUUGGUCGCAUGACUCUGGGAUUCAUGCCUGCACUCCAGCAAGUCACUGCAUUAGUACAGGACGGGGAACUUGAUGCUGCCUCCGUAGUAUCAGACAUGAAAGCAUUGAUCGCUGCAUGUCAUCAGGUUUACCCUCUCGUCCAAGACGUAUUGCUGAAAGAUAUUGAGGAGAAACUGAAUGAAGAAAUCAAGAAGAUGGAAUUGUCAGAAAAAGAGGACAGCAUUGUGGCGUGACACAACGGAACAUUUUAAACUUUUCUCUUCGGCACAUGAACUUCAGAAGCCACCCUCAUUUUUACUGUAAAUAGUCUGUAAAUUCAGAAGUGCUCUCAUCACUGCUUCAUCUAUUGACAAUGGUUAUGUGAUCCUGUUCUAGAUGUUGAAGUGGUGUCAACAUACGAUUUUCAUUAGAGCUUCUUGAAAAGUUUUUGCAGGGACAUGUUAUGACGAAUGCUGGUUGUGGAGUUCUUGUACAGCUUUUCACGAGCAAUUUUGAAUUAUCUGAUAUUUUAAUCAAAUGAGAACUUCAAUUUUCCAGCUAAUCGAAUUAUUUUUUUUUACCUAGAAAUGUUGUGACGGCGGUUGGUACUUGAAUGGGGGAAUUAUAUGGGUUUUUGAUGUACUGUCAUGAGCAAAUAAAGUGCAAGCAUGUUAAAGCUUA